AGAAUCUAGUUAAGCUCAGAAUGCUUGACAGCAAUGUUGAACAACUGUGGGAUGGAAGACAGAAUCUUGUGCACUUGAAGGAGAUUGUUCUCACUAGUUCGAGUAAGUUGAUUGAAAUUCCAGACCUCUCAUUGGCUACAAAUCUUGAAUACCUAGAACUUGGGAGAUGUUUCCUUAUCAAGGAAUUUCCAAAGGUACCAUUGAAAAUAAAAUAUUUAUCAUUAUUUAAGACUGCAAUCGAAGAAGUUCCGUCAACAAUCUGCAAUCUCAAAUCCCUAGCUGGGUUGGACCUUGGUGGGUGCAGGAGGCUUAAGAAUAUCCCCACCAGCAUUUAUAAACUGAAACCUCUCACUCUUUUUGGUCUGUGUUAUCAGUCAAAUAAAAGGGAGUCUCAACUAGAAGCUAAUAUACAUCUGAGGGAGUUAACUGACCAACUUGUUUGGUUAUCUAAUGUGGAAAACCUAAAUCUCUCUGGAAGCAAUUUUCGGGAAAUACCUUUAGCCAUCAAGGAGCUUAAUAAUCUCUCAGCUCUUUUGCUGGAGGACUGCAAGAGGCUUCAAUCACUGCCUCAGCUUCCAAUGAAUCUCAACUAUAUAAGUGCAUCGAAUUGCAUAUCACUAGAAACGGUGGCAAGUCCUUUAUCCACAGCAGCCAAAGGAAAAUUUGACUCUCACCGAAAUUAUAUUUGGUUUAAUUUUUCAAAUUGCUGGAAAUUGGACCAAAAUGCAAGAAACAUCAUAGCGGCAGAUGUAGAAUCGAGGUUGUUGCACUGGGAAGACUUUUAUCCAGGAACUUUAUUAUCCCAGAUUGCAGCAGCCAAUAUCUCUUUUUCGGGAAGUGAUGUUCUAGAUUGGUUCAACUAUAAAAGCAGCGGAUCCUCACUAACUGCAAAGCUUCCUCCACAUUGGUGUAAAGAUGAGUUAUUCUCCCUGGUUUUUUGUGUUGUUAUUGAGUUCAAUAAAUUCCCUAGAUGCUGCAAAGAAGAUUAUUUUUAUUACAAUUUCCAUAUAAGAAACAACAGAGGUGACAGCUUUCAUACCAAAGGUGGUACGAUGUUUCCAUGGAGAUGUGAAAAUGAUAUUCAGUCAAAUCAAGUCUUUUUAGUUUAUGAUCAGUCAUUGGUAAAUAAUUGGGGAAUAUUGAUACCUGAAGAAGCAGCAGAUGAAGUAGAUGAGAUCUCAGUUGAUUUCUGGGUUGGAAAUGAUUCUAUAAAUACGGUCAAAAACUGUGGCCUCCAUUUGCUUUACACUCAAGACAUAGAAGAUAGAUAUCGUCGUUCGGUGGUCCAACCCAACUUUGCUUGUGGUGAUCUGACCCAGUUCUCCUUGAAGCAAGAUUGUGUGGAUGAUGUUGAAGAAUCAGUGAUACAAGAUGCUAAAGAUAAUGUGGAUAAUCCUGUGGAAGAUUCAGAUCCAGUGAGAAGAAAGAAAAUGAAAGGGAAACUGUUUCACUAAUGUUUAGAUAUUGAAGAAUCAGCCAUAGAAGAUGCUAAAAGAUGAUGAAGCGAGACUGUGUGGAUGAUGAUACUGAAGAAUCAGCCAUAGAAGAUGCUAAAGAUGAUGAAUUGAGGCUAUAAUGUGGGCAACCCCGUGGAAGAUUCAACUUUAGUGAGGAGUAGGAAAAUGAAACGGAUGCUCUUGUGGAAAAUUCCCUGAUGAUAUUCAGGUUAGACAAUUCCCUUGGCUAGAAAAUCAGGUUUCAGCAGGAGUACACUUCCUUGAUUACCAUUGACAUAUAUUUGUUGCAUUCUUGCAUUGCACUUUUUUGAAAAAUGAUUUACCUGGUCCUUCUAGGAUGUUUCAAGUUAUUUUUCAUGGGACGGUUAAAAUAUUAAAAUAUGACCUUUUUGUAACUUGGCAACAUAUUACUUUAUAUUCUUCUUGACCGUUGGUUUUGGUUUAUACUAGACGGUUCUGUCUUACUGUCUAUAUAUACCCGGCAGCCUCACUUGUAAUUUAACCUUUUGAACUUGAAUGGAAGCUCU